UAACUGCUGUAGGCACACACACACACACACAUAUACACAAACAGCUGUUUCAGUUUCAGCCUUUUUAUCCACAGUUGAAUUUGUUUGAACUUUAUUUGAAUCUGUGGAGUUGUAUUAGUUGCAUCACACACAGAAAGUACACAAACAAAAAUCCUUUCUGGAUUUACUGACACUCUCAUACUGCUAUAAGAUGUGGUCCUGUAUAACAGACUUCUUCACUUAUGAAACCACUAAGUCAGUGGUAGUGAAGAGCUGGACCAUCGGAAUCAUCAACCGCGUCGUCCAACUUCUCAUCAUCACCUACUUCAUCGGGUGGGUCUUCCUCUAUGAGAAGGCCUACCAGGUGAGAGACACAGCUAUUGAGUCCUCAGUGAUGACCAAGGUCAAAGGUUUUGGAAUCUACAAUAACAAGGUUAUGGAUGUUGCAGACUACGUCACUCCCACACAGGGAGCUUCAGUCUUCUGCAUCAUCACCAAACUGAUCACUACAGAGAAUCAAGUCCAAGGACACUGUCCUGAGAGCGAGAAUAAGUAUGUUUGUACCAAGGACAGCGACUGCACUAAAUACCUCAACAAGCCAGGAAGUUAUGGAAUCAUCACAGGGAAAUGUGUCCGCUUCAAUACCACCGCCAACAUGUGUGAGAUCAAAGGAUGGUGUCCUGCCGAGAUAGAUACCAUCAAAGCUUCAGCAAUGAUGGAAGUGGAGAAUUUCACUAUUUUCAUUAAGAACAGCAUCCGCUUCCCCACCUUCAACUAUACCAAAGGGAACUUCCUUCCUACGAUCACUGACGAUUACAUCAAAAAAUGCAACUUUGACAUGGUCAACAACACCUACUGCCCCAUCUUCAAGGUGGGAGACGUGGCCCGCUACGCACAGCAGAACCUCACCAAACUGGCAGAAAAGGGAGGAGUGAUUGGAAUAAAGAUCGGCUGGAUGUGUGAUCUGGACAAGUCAGACGACCAGUGCAACCCCUCGUACUCGUUCACCCGGUUAGAUGCCAUGUCACAGAAGAACAACGUCUCACAGGGCUACAAUUUCAGGUUUGCCAGAUACUAUAAGAUGGAGAAUGGGACGGACUACCGCACUCUGGUCAAAGCCUAUGCUAUCAGGUUUGAUGUUCUGGUCAAUGGAAAUGCAGGCAAGUUCAACAUGAUCCCCACACUGAUCAACAUGGUGGCAGCCUUCACAUCAGUGGGAGUGGGUACAGUGCUGUGUGACAUCAUACUGCUGAACUUCCUGAAAGGAGCGGAGCAGUACAAGGCCAGAAAAUUUGAAGAGGUGUCAGACAACCCGCUGGAAUCCCACAGGAAUGGAUUUUACCGCUCCCAGCUGUCACUCAGACAUAACGAGACCAUCAUGAGGUCCAGUGACUCAGGGGCCUUUUCUAUUGAACAUUACAGCUAAACCUCUGGAGCAAGAGCCAGAGGUCAGGGAGCAGUGGACUCAGGAAGAUGGGAGUGGGCUGGGUUUCUCUAAAAAUGUCAGCCUUCUCAUUUUUAUCACCUUUAUUUAUUCAGAGCUGUCUAUAUAUAACAUAGUAUCUCAGCAUCAACAUUAUGUCAGUGUCAAAAAACAUCUGAAGGACAUGGAAUUGCUGCUAUGUUGCCCUAAAAUAUUUCAAAACAGCUCGUGACAAUGACAGACAAAUAUAUUUAUUACAUUUAAAACAAAUACAUAAAUAAAUAAAAGACAGAAGCAUGCGUGACUUCAAAAAAAGGAAUUAAACCUGAAAAAUAUUUCCUCUUUGAGUUCUCUUUACUUCUUUUGAACCAUGUAUUGAAACUGCUAUAAUCUAGACUUUAUGAUGGAACGUCUUGAAUAAAA